AUGACCCUUGUUGAUGUCCACGAACAGAACCUGUUCGCUCAAGUGGAAAGCCUACAAAAGGCUCUUCGACACAAAUUGGGGGAUACCGAAUUCCAGGACCUGAAGAGAUACAAGACAGAGUAUGAUGACCUGCGGCAUGACCAGGCAAAGCUAAGUUAUGUCUCCGUGCUAGUCGAUGGCGACUGCAUGAAUUUCAACAAUGCUCUCAUCCGAGAUGGCUACAACGGCGGGCGUAAAGCUGCCCGCCUUCUUCGAAAGUCCGUCGAUCGCCAUGUCCGCGACAUCGAUCCCCAAGCCAGCCCGAACAUCCAGUACCGAAUUCGCGUAUACGCCAACGUUCCGGGUCUGAUGAAAGCUUGUCGGGAAGCGAACAUCCUGCGUUCGAACGAAGCGUUGGACCCGUUCAUUCGGGGGUUCAACAUGGAGAAUCCUCUGUGCGACUUUAUCGACGCAGGCAAUGGCAAAGAGUGCUCAGAUGUCAAGAUACGGGCAACAUUCGAGCAAGAUAUCCUAGACGUCCACUGCCGUCACAUCAUCUUCUGUGGCUCGACCGACAAUGGCUACGCGCGUAUCCUCAGCCCCCACCAAGGGUCCAACCGCAUCUCCCUAGUCCAGGGGGCACCCUUUGCAUGGGAAAUGGAGCAACUGGCAAGCGAAUUCCAAAGCACCUCCUUCCCCGAGGUCUUCCGGUCCACAAGACUCCCUUCACGAGCAUCAUCUUUCAGCGCGCGCAGCACGGCAUCAGCCAACAGCUCCCCUUGCAGCUCGCCCACGAAAGCCAAAAACAAUUCUAGCCUCGUCACGCCCCCGACCACAUCAACAGGUGACUAUGCGACCAUGGCCAAGUCAAAUCUCAAGGCCUCAUCUUCCAAGCGCUCCAAAAAGUCCAAAAUAUCCGUCAUCACAUUUGACAUCUCCUCAUCGUACGACACCCACUCCCACUUCAACAGUGUCCAGCUCAACAGCCAAAGCCAACGCAUCGACCCGCCUCUCCGGCCCAGCAGCUACAAGAAUAUGAUCAAACUGCGAAACGGGAAAUACUGCAACCGGUACCAUAUCUUGGGGGAAUGCGUUCCUGACAACGAGUGCAGUCAUCAGCAUGGAUGCAAGCUCAGUGAUCAUGAUGCUCUCGACCUUCGAUGUAUUUCUCGGACGAACGUCUGUCCAAACGAUGCCUACUGUACGGAUGAGAAGUGCAUCAGUGGACAUCAGUGUCCUUGGGAAUACCGGAAUGGACAUAGCAUUGAGGACUGCAAGUUCCCGCGAGAAAUGCAUGAGGUUGAUAGAACGGUGGCAAUCGUUCUAUGA